UAGUGGAUUGAGGUUUAUCAAAAACAGUCGUGAUUUAAAAUGGCGGGAAAUAUUUAAAUGUUGUGAUUUUUUGUUUAAGUUUGUUGUUUAAUACAAAUAAGUAUUUUUUGUAAUAUUUUUUAAGAUUAAUAUUUGUAGACCUAAUAAGAAUCUUAUAGGUGACCAUGUCUAAAAAAACAAAGGCGAUUUGUUUGGAAAACUUUAGCUCAACAGCCACAUUAGCCAACAAUGAAGUAAUUGUACCAGUGGGUAGCCAGGAUACGUUAAAUGAAAAAGAUUAUGACCCUUACGAGCACAGAAAUGUAUUACAUCCAAACACAUAUUUUGGGGCCUUAGUGCACUUACUAAAAUGUUCUUUAGGAACUGGAAUUUUGGCAAUUCCUAGAGCCUUUAAGGCUUCAGGACUAGCAGUUGGAGUUGUUGGAACCGUUUUCAUUGGUAUAUUAUGCACAUAUACAAUACAUAUUUUGAUGGUUGCCUCUUUAAAAAUGUGCAAAUUAACCAAAAAACCUGGUCUAGAUUUUUCUGAAACUAUAUUUGAAAUUGUAAAACAUGGCCCAAAGGGUUGUAGAAAAUAUGCCCGAUCAGCAAAAAUUUUUGUUGAAUCUGGUCUUUUGCUGUCCUAUUAUGUUGGAGGAUCAGUAUAUAUUGUAUUUAUUAGUACUUCUAUAAAACAAUUAAUGGACUACCUCUACCCAGAACUGAUCGAAUACUCGGACAGAUGGUACAUGGUGAUCAUCAUGGUUCUUUUGAUAAUUUUUUGUCAAGUGCGCGAACUCAAACACAUGGUACCUUUCUCCUUUACGGCCAACGCGAUGAUGGUCAUAGCCUUCGGAAUAACUCUUUACUACAUAUUCCUGAGAAUUGACAACGUGGAUUUCAAAGAAAUCAAGAUGGUUGGGAAUUUGACAGGGAUGCCCGUGUUUUUUAGCACUGUGAUGUUUGCCAUGGAAGGUAAAACAAUCAAAAAAAUAUUUAAAAAAUACUACAUAUAUUUUUUAGGUAUUGGUUCAAUUUUUCCCCUUGAAAAUACAAUGAUAAAGCCCCAAUUUCUCGGUUGUUUUGGGGUAUUGAAUGUCACAAUGACUUUAAUUACCAUUAUGUAUUUGUGUAUGGGUUUUUUCGGUUAUUUGGCAUUUGGGGAAGUGACUGAAGCCACUAUCACCAAAAAUUUACCAGUUGAAGAAGUUGUUGCCCAGGUAGCAAAAUGGUGCAUCUCAUUGGCAGUAUUCUUCACCUUCAUGUUGAUGUUCUAUGUUCCCAUAGACAUAACUUGGAGGAAAAUAAGUGGCCACAUCAGCGAGAAACGACACAAUUUAAGCCAGUUUUCUCUGCGCACAGGAAUAGUGAUAUUUGCUACUUGCAUCGCCAUUUUCGCUGGCGAACAUCUGGGUCCUUUGAUAGAGUUAGUCGGAGCGAUAUUUUUAUCCACUUUGGGGCUCAUGGUGCCCGCUAUAAUGGAUACGCUUAUAAACUGGGACAACUUGGGGUGCUUCUAUUGGAAAUUCUGGAAGAAUUUGGUGAUAUCAAUUUUUGGGCUGUUUGGGGCUGUCGCUGGGAGUUACUAUGCCAUUUUAUCGAUGGUUAAUGAGGAGUCGUGAUACGUGGAUGUUUAUGCAUUAAUCUGUGAUAUUUUUAAAAUACAUUGUAUAUUAUAUUUUUUGACCUCUAAAUACAUUACAAUAACAAAAUAAGGUGUAAUGUUACUAAUGUCUAUAAGGUGAUGCACUUUUUCUGCCAUUGAGGCAUUUGGCAUAGUUAUCUUUUUA